GCCAAACGUCCGCUUCCGGUCAAUACUUUUGGAAAGUCAAGGCGUACCCGGGAAGCAGUGUAACUUUCCUUUCUAAAUAUGCCUGCCUAUCAUUCUUCGCUAACAGCGCCGCGAUCCCUUGGGAAUAUGGCUUUGCUGCCAUUGAACUCAAAAUUCAAAGGGCCAGCCCCUCCGGGAGAUGGUUCAACAGAUAUUGUUGAGGAAGCUAUCUAUUUCUUCAAAGCUAAUAUAUUUUUCAAAAACUAUGAAAUCAAGGGUGAUGCUGAUCGUGUAUUAAUCUACCUUACUCUUUACAUUUCCGAAUGUUUAAAGAAACUACAGAAGUGUCAGUCCAAAGAACAAGGACGAAAAGAACUGCAAACAUUGGCUGUCACAGCAUUUGACAUUCCUGGGGAUGCAAAGUUCCCAUUGAACGCCAUGUACCACAAACCAAAUUCACGGCAAGAAUCCGAUCAAAUGCGUCAAUAUAUGGUGCAGCUAAGGCAAGAACUUGGCUUGAGACUUGUUGAAAAAGUUUUUGAUCCCAAAACUGACAAACCAUCAAAGUGGUUGAUGUGUUUUGUAAAAAGAAAAUUCAUGGAUAAAAGCCUUUCUGGACCUGGCCAAUAAGCCAAACAUUUUCUGUUGGGACCUAUUUUCACCAACUUAUACAAAAUCGAUUACCAGUGUUAGCACAUAAUUUUUCAAGAUGAGCAUACAGAAUUGUUCAAAUUACAAUAACUUUAAUAAUAUGUUUUCAAAUAUAUUGUAAAAUCAAGUUUAUAUCUUUGUAAUAAAUGACAAAAUGAA